AUGGCGGCUGAAGUGAUGAAAGUGGAAGUAGAAGCCGAGACGUGCUGUAUAUGUGGCGGCGGUGGCGAGUUGAUGACACCGGAGGAACAUGACGCUGGCGCACCGCCUAUGCAGGUGCCGCUGCGCGCUAUGCUGCUACACCUCAACUCCAGUAAGGUAGUGCCUGAUGGCCGCCUAUGCGGAAGCUGUAUACGUCGUGCUUUAGAGUCUUAUGAGUUUAGUACUGCUCUUUCUAAUAGAGGUACUCCACCUCUCAGUGAGAAAAUCAGAGCACUGCGCAAGAGAUUACAUGAACUCACCCAGAAGAUUGACGUGUUCAUCGUAGUGGGUGGUGCAGGCCCCGACGGAGCUUAUAGCGAGGAGGAUAUCAUAAUGGUAGAGCGUGAUACUCUAGCGGCGGCCGCCGCCGCUGACAAUGAGGAGUUGGAGCGAGGCCGCAACGCAAGAGGAGAUCACGUAUACCAGUGUUCAGUUUGCCCGGCAUCUUUUCCGAAGCCUAAUGAUUUUCGUACUCAUCUUGCAACACAUCCGGCUGAUUCACUGCACUCUUGUUGGACUUGCGGGGCACAGUUCGCCACUAGGGCUGCUCUGAAGGCACAUUUAGGCGCGUCGCUAGGGUCGCUGUGCGGCGCGAGCCUGUCGUGCCAGCUGUGCGGGCGCGGCGCGGGCUCGGCGGCGGAGCUGCGGCGGCACGGCGCGGCGUGCCCGGCGCGCUGCCCGGCGUGCGGCGCGGUGUGCGCGGACCGCGCCGCGCUGUCGGCGCACGCCGCCGCCGCGCACGGCCGCGCCGCGCCGCCGCCGCACGUCUGCCCCACGUGCUUCCGCACCGCCGACACGCCCGAGCUGCUCUCCGCGCACCUGCUGCGCCACCGCCAGGCCAAGCAGUUCGUGUGCGGCUACGACGCCUGCAUCCUGCGCUUCGGCACCAGGAGCAACUUGAUGUCGCACAUCCGCAAGUGCCACACGAGCGAGGAGACGGAGGCGCCCCCCGCCGCCCCCUCCGCCCCCUCCGCCUCCUCCACCACCUGCGACACGUGCGGCCGGACGUUCGGUUCGGUGGCGGCCAUGAAGCGACACUCGCGCGUACACCGCUCCACGCACGUCAACAACCUCUCGCAGGAGGAGGGUACCGAGUUCCAAGAGGGCGAGGACAUGGAAGGCGAGGUCGAAUACCUGGAGGUUGAGGAACUUGAAGAGUUGGAGUACCGCGACCAGUACGAUGAGGACAAGUCUGAAGCAAGCAUGCACUGA